AUGGAGAAAUAAAGAUAAACAGCUUUUUAGAGAGAGAAGCUCUGCCCCAGAAAAAAAUAAAUAAAUAUAAAAGAAAUAAUACGCAAUCCGAUAAGGACUUGUGCUGAGAGCUCUCUUUGCCUUUUUUUUCUCUGUUGUAGUAAAUACUUCCGCUGGCCUUGGCCGUUCAUAAGUUCAGAGUCUGAUACUUUCUCUCUCCGCUUUAAAAACGUUUUGCAGAAACUGUUCUACCUUUAGCUCCCUUCUCUCACUGUUCUCUGUACGUCCCUUCAAAAUUUCUUACUUUCCUCUGUCUAUUAGUGCAAAACUGUUCGACCCUUUAACCCCUGCGCAAAAUGUCAUCUGGUUUUGCUUCUGAUUCUUCAGUUCCAUCACAUACUCAUCCUCCAACUUCUUGGUUUUAGAGAGGGAGAGAGGGGAAAAGAGAGGGUGAUAAAAUCUGUCUUUGGAGCCUGUUUGACGGUGAAGUUGGCCCCUUUUCACUUUUUACUGGGUUGGAGCUCUUUAAUUGUAUUGACUCGAACCUGUGGAGUUUUUUUCUUUUUUUGGGUGGGUGUUUGGUUUGAAGGCUGAGCUUGGUUUGUAAGGGCUUUGUUUGUUUAGGUUUGCCUUAGAGGAUGCUUUGUGUUUAAGGUUUUACCAAUGGGUUGGUGAGAGCGGACCUGUUUCAGUCUUCUGCGUUCUUUAUCUUCAAAAUGAAGCCUUCUUGUUGUGAACUGUAGUUUGUUAAUGCAUGGAUCGAAGGGACCCCAUGGCGUUAUCGGGUUCGACAUCUUAUUAUAUGCCGGGAGGAAUGUCUGGAUCCCAGUCUGGGAUACACGGAUCACCACCAGGCACUCGUCCUUUGUCUAAUCCAAAUGCACAAUUUCAACCCAACAUUGUUGGCACUACAAUCGGAUCAACAUUACAAGUAGAGCCUUCAUCUGCGUUGUCACCUCAUAGUAUGCAUGUGGGUGCUCCAUCUGCAGUGCCACAGAGUGAGCCUGUGAAGAGGAAAAGAGGAAGGCCCCGAAAAUAUGGACCUGAUGGGACCGUGUCAUUGGCAUUGUCUCCCUCAUCUUCUACUCAUCCAGGAAAAAGUUCCAUAACUUCGACCCAAAAGCGGGGUAGAGGGCGGCCACCAGGGACAGGAAGGAAGCAACAAUUAGCUUCUCUCGGUGAAUGGCUAUCUGGUACGGCUGGGAUGGGUUUUACUCCACAUAUCAUCAACAUUGCAGUAGGAGAAGAUAUUGCAACCAAAAUAAUGUCAUUUUCACAGCUGGGGCCUAGAGCUUUAUGCGUCUUGUCAGCCAAUGGUGCUGUCUCUACCGUGACUCUUCGUCAGCCUUCAAUGUCUAGUGGCACUGUCACAUAUGAGGGGCGUUUCGAGAUAUUGUGUUUGUCAGGGUCGUACUUGCUAACAGAUAGUGGUGGGUCCCGCAAUCGAAGUGGUGGUCUAAGUGUCUCCCUUGCUAGCCCUGAUGGUCGUGUUAUUGGUGGUGGAGUUGGGGGAAUACUUAUUGCAGCGAGUCCUGUUCAGGUGAUUGUGGGGAGCUUUGUGUGGGGGAGUGGUUCGAAGACAAAGAACAAAAAAAAGGUAGCUUCAGAAGGUGCCAUAGACUCGGAACAUCGGGCUGUCGACAAUCCAGAUGCACUAACUAGCAUUCCACCAACUCAAAAUCUCAGUCCAGCCUCUUCAAUGGGUGUUUGGCCGGCAUCACGGGCAAUGGAUAUGCGAAAUGCCCAUGUCGACAUUGAUUUGAUGCGCGGGUAAUCGCUGAUAGAUGAAUGAGCAUUAUAUAUAAAUUUUCUGGAUGUACCAACGACAGCAAAGCCAGUUGAUCUUGGCGUUGUUAACUCUUUUGACUUCAUUUACCCUGUCAUAGACAAUGGGGUUGUACUUUAUUUUUGUAGCUUAAUAGAAAUUUAGUCUGAAAAUUGUACUUUAA